UAAGAGUAGAAGUGAAAAGAAAUAUGAUACCUCAGCCAGAAUUUCUGGACGUUGAGAUGUAUGAAGAGGAAGCGGAAGAAGAAGAAGAUGUAGGUGAGGAGGAAGAGGUUGAAAUUUUGGAAUCUCUAGAUGAUUCCGAUAUAUCAGAAGAUUUCGGGGACGAAGAGGAACCCCUUAAGGAGGAUGAUCCAAGCUUCGAUACAUUAGCUGUAGAUGACACGCCAACCGGACUUCGACCAUCAGAUCCUGUUAUUAUCAAACAACAAACUCAAAUAGGGUCCGAGCUCAUACCGAAAGCUGAACAAAACGUAUCCACACCGGUCACUGAAACGGCCGUGGCAGCUCCUGAGUCAUGUCACCGAUUGGAGCCGCAUGAGGCUGUGGAAACAUUGAUCAGUUCUGUAGCUCCAGCAACCGUUCCCAGUAACUUCUAUCCCAGAACGUCUGAGAUGUCAACGGAUCCAUCUACUGGUUCUCCUCUAAAACAGAUCUUGACGAUUGAAUGGAAACUGGCUCCUAGCAUAUACAAAGAGGCUUAA